AUGAUGAUGAUAACUGCAUUAUGGUCACCUGUUGCGUCACUUCCCCGGCAGAGGAGAGGAAUGGCAGAAAGAGGCUACAGCUUUUCUCUCACCACUUUCAGCCCCUCGGGGAAACUGGUCCAGAUCGAAUAUGCGCUGGCAGCCGUUGCUGCUGGUGCGUCCUCAGUCGGGAUUAAAGCUGCAAAUGGUGUGGUUUUAGCAACAGAAAAGAAGCAGAAGUCUAUACUUUAUGAUGAGCAGAGCGUUCACAAAGUGGAGCCGAUAACCAAACAUAUUGGCAUGGUGUACAGCGGGAUGGGUCCAGACUACAGAGUUUUGGUAAGAAGAGCACGGAAACUAGCUCAGCAGUACUUCCUUGUAUAUCAAGAGCCCAUUCCCACUGGCCAGCUGGUGCAGAGAGUUGCCUCAGUCAUGCAAGAAUAUACACAAUCAGGUGGGGUUCGUCCCUUUGGAGUGUCUCUCUUAAUAGCUGGCUGGGAUGAAGACCGACCGUACCUCUUUCAGUCUGACCCCUCAGGUGCAUAUUUUGCCUGGAAAGCAACAGCCAUGGGAAAGAAUUACGUGAAUGGCAAAACAUUCCUUGAAAAACGAUACAAUGAGGACCUUGAACUGGAGGAUGCGAUUCACACGGCUAUACUGACUCUUAAGGAAAGUUUUGAGGGCCAGAUGACUGAAGACAACAUUGAAGUGGGCAUCUGCAAUGAAGCUGGGUUUAAACGACUAUCUCCAGCUGAAGUCAAAGACUACCUGGCUGCCAUCGCCUGAACUGUCCUGCUGAAUUUCUCAAGAAAGAGAGAGUUUUGGCAGUUGAUGUCUCGGUUAAGAUUCCAGAUAUACCUGUAGUGUGAUGAAUGUUUAUUAUUUGUACCCUUGUUUUUCAUACCAAUAAAAAA